GUAUUGUGUGUGUGUAUAUAAAUCCUUCUGGACCCAACUCCUAAGCCAUUAACUAGAACAAACACCAAAACCCUAAGUGACGGAAAACACUUUGAAAAUGGAAUCCUCAUCAUCAUCAUCAUCAUCAUCAGAAUCCAGGUUCUUCAGUCUUGUACUUGAGUCAAUUCAGCAGCAUCUCCUUACGGAUGACUUUGAAACUCCUUUCAUGAACACCUCACUUGCCACAUUUAGUAACAACACUUCCUUUCUCGGCCAACUUGAUUACUCAACUUACACUCAGGAUAAUGUAUCUGAUAACAUUGAUACCUUUCCUUCACAUCACCUUGACUCCACAGCCUUUGAACGGGUAUCGCCUGAGGUGGCGCGUCCUAAUCACCUCCCAACGAGGAAGCGGAAUUAUAUGGGUGUGAGAAAGAGACCGUGGGGGACAUACGCAGCAGAGAUUAGAGAUCCUAAGAAAAAUGGAGCCAGAGUAUGGCUAGGGACUUAUGAGACACCUGAAGAUGCUGCUUUGGCUUAUGACCGUGCUGCUUUUAAGAUGCGCGGAACGAAAGCUAAGCUCAAUUUUCCUCAUUUGAUCGGUUCCGAUGAUUUAGAACCGGUUAGAGUGAGCAACAGGCGUCGAUCGCCUGAGUCCGAUGAAUCCUCACCAAAGCGGAGAAAGAGUGAAAAAUGCUUGGUGGCUAAUGAAAGUAGUCCUGCAAAGGAGGUCCAUUAUGACGAGGAUGAACUGUUUCUUAAUGAUCAAUUUGUGGGUGAUUGGAUGUGGUAAGUUUGCAAAGAUCAGACCAGAUAGUUAGGUGUUUACUGAUGAUUAAAGCUUGAGCAAUAAUUGUCUAGCCGGUGAUUUAGGUUUUGUUCCAAGAUGUUCUAGCUUCUAGGGAUUGAGAAAUGUUUUUGUAUUAUCUCACUUACGUCCUUAAAAGCAAUUGAAAAUAUAUCAUUUUGC